GUAUUCAAUCCUACCAAGCCCUUCGUCACAAUUCCUGAUCAGAGCAAGUGGGACCACGAUAAGGAAGCCGCCUAUCUCUACUACUGCGCUAAUGAAACCGUACAUGGAAUCGAAUUCCAUACUCCUCCAUUUUCCGUACAUAGAGUUCCCCUGGUGGCUGAUAUCUCGUCGAACUUCCUUUCAAGACCAUUUGAUUUCAAACACCAUGGAGUGGUGUUUGGUGGCACACAAAAGAACCUUGGUGCAGCUGGUUUGACCGUCGUUAUGGUUAGGAAGGACUUGAUUGGAAAAGUAUGGGGUUUUAGUCAUCCGGAAGAUGCUCAACCUGCAACUCCAGCAAUACUCAGCUAUCAGGAUAUGGUAGAGCACAAUAGUCUGUACAAUACUCCAGCAAAAAAGGCCGAAACCAUCUACAACCUCAUCGAUGAAUCUAAUGGAUUCUACACUUGUGCUGUGGAUAAGCAAUGCCGAAGCUAUAUGAACGUUUGUUACCGAAUUAAAGGAGGUGAUGAGAAGCUCGAAGCUGAAUUUCUGAAAGGGGCCCAGGCCAGAGGAAUGAUCUCCCUAAAAGGACAUAGGUCUGUUGGAGGCAUCAGAGCAUCACUCUACAAUGCCGUAAGCCUGCAAGAAACGGAACAACUCGCCGAUUGGAUGCGCGAAUUCAUGAAGAACCAAGCAGCCUAA